AGGGAGGAGGCAGGCUAUAGGGCAGCCCUGUGGCAGGAGGGAAAGUGACCCCAAAGCAGGCAAAGAAGGGAUCCAAAGAGAGCCAAAGAAGGAAAGGGAGCAGGAUCUCCGAGGCAGGGGGAGCCAUGCCCCAUAGCUCUGACAGCAGCGACUCCAGCAGCUUCAGCCAGGCGUCUUCCUCCUCCUACUCCAGCAAACAGGAUUCUUCUGAUGACAUGAGGAAAGUACAAAGAAGGGAAAAGAAUCGUAUUGCAGCUCAGAAGAGCCGGCAAAGACAGACACAAAAAGCAGAUACCUUGCACUUGGAGAGUGAAGACUUGGAGAGGCAGAAUGCUGCUCUGCGCCGGGAGAUCAAACAGCUGAGAGAGGAACUGACACACUUUACCACGGUGCUGAGUUUGCAUGAGACUCGCUGCUCCAUCCUCCACAUGCAGCCACCACCAGCACCUUCUGAAGUGCUUUAUACCCCACUUUCUUUCCCCCAGACCCACAUCAGCUCUCCAUGUUUCCAACCCUGACACCAACAUUUGGGACUGCAAAAAGUUUGCCAGCUUCGUUGUGUUUAGACAAUAUGUGUGAGCUCUCACAUACCUCAUCACUCUGGACAAUUUGGGGUAUUAUCAUGUCUCUGUUGACUGAAACAAGCUUGAAUAUAGCACGGAAAACAUCUAAGAUUUGCUCCUUGUGCAGAAACAGGGAAAGUUCCUGCACAGCACUUGCAGAGGCUCUGCAUCUUUGGAUCAGGAGGUAUCCAUGCAGCUAUUAUUUGCGCUCAAAGCCUUACCAAAGAGCCUUGAUAGACAUGUAUGCUAAAAGUGACAGAACAA